GAGGAGAAAAAACGAUACACGAAUCUUGGCAUGGAUCGAAUGACAUAUAGCAACACCGUGAAAAAUUCGCCGGUUCCCAUUCUCCCCUUCGAAUUCGCCGCUUCCCCAGUCUCCCUCCCAUCCAAGAUCCAACAGGGCCUUGUAGUGGCGUCGCCGCUCCGUCGACGGAAGCUCAGAUGAGGCCACCGCCAUGGCCUUCUCCUCCCCCGGUCUACGGUCGCCCCACCAUCGCCCUCCCUCUCUCGUCCCCGGUCCCAGAUGCCGCCAUCCUCACCCUUCCUCCCCAAUCGCGAUCCGUGAUGGCCUCGGCGGCGGGGCGUCUUGGGAGGCGGCAGGACGGUCGGAUCCGCUCGGCGCCAGAGCAUCGCACACGGCUUCCUCGGUGGCGGAGUGGAGGGGAAGCAAAGAUAUAAUGGCCAGCUCCGGUGGCCGACCCUCCUCGCUUUGUGGAGUUUGGCCGACGCUGCUCCUUCCCGCUGUUGUGGCCACUUAGAUCUGUGCAGGAUUUGCGCAUUCGGAUCUUCAAUGUUUUGGCAGAUGAGCAAUACUUAUAUUUUCUGAAUCUUCUGGUUGGUCCCGUCAUCAGAGCAUUCGGUGGCGGAAGGAAGAAUAGAAGGGUUAUUAGUAUAUGGCAGCUAGGCUGGAAAUCAUCCGGUGAAGCAAACAGCUUGGUGAAGGGAUUGAUGUUCAAGCUGAUGACAACAAUACUACUGAUCCCAUUGUCACUGCUCGUCCUUCAUCCUUUGUUGGUUUUAUACUGGUGCAUCAUAGUUCCAGCAACACGCUUGAGUCAACAGGAUUAUGGUCAGGGUGACGGCGACUCCUCCAAAGCCAACCUGAAGCCAGCAAUGAUGAUCUUCUACUCUCUAGCCCUGGCUCAGGGUACUCUCUACAUGCUAUGGUUCAUUCUCAACGCAGGGAAUGCGAUGAUGGUUAGGGUUGUGGCCAGUAAAUGCGAUUUUGAAAAGAGUUGGGGUCGGAAGUCGGUUGAUCAGUACCUCUCUGAUACCAAGUUCAAGUGCCUCAAGGACCCAUCAUCCAUCAAGGACAUGAACCUAAUCAAGUUUGCAGCAGGUCUACUUGACUCGGACUCCGAGGAUGACUACAUUACGGGAGCAAGGAUGCUUGUUUCCUUCAUUCAGAAGCAAAAGCUACCGGUGAAGUUGCUGAUCCUCUAGGAUCAGGACACAGAAGCUGAUCACAAUGCUGGGGUGGACAGAUCCAGCUGACCGGGAGAUCAGGAUGCUUGCUGCGAUAAUCGUGGGGCAUGUUGCUAGCAACAUCAACCUUUCACAGUUCCCAGGAGCACUGCAAUCCAUCGGUUCACUACUAGACCCCCGCGAUGACUUAUCUUUCUAUGACCAGGAUGAUCAACAUGACCAUGACAAAGGCAUGGGGCGAUGCCAGCUGCUUGUGCAAGGCCUUUUGGUUAUUGAGAGGCUUACUUGUGAUCAUAACAAUUGCAUACUAAUCUGCAGAGACCAUUGUCUGCUCAGCCAUAUCCGCUACGCAAUCAGGUUGAGAAAGAAGGUAACCUUUCCGGACAUGUGCCCUGUGUGGCCCGAGAUGCUCAAGGGCUCGCUUAGAGCGAUGGCCUAUUUGAUAGCCGGUGUUACUGAAGUAGAACUCGAGACGCUUGAAUCUAUCUUCAAUGAACUCCCACUAGGGAUGAUCAUGGGACACAAACGGUUCCCAGACAUAAUGAUACCAACCAUUGCAUUGUACGCAAAUUUAUUAUACUACCGGGACACUACAUUUCCUAGCGAACACUUCUUUGAAACGAUGCUGCCAGUCUUCCUAUCUUGUACUGAUAUUGAACAAGGAGAAGAAAUCACGUCAGUAUGGACCAAGGUUGGAGUGUUGGCAGGGGCAUCACUCGCGAAGCUCUUGCUUAAAUCAGAAGACUCAGUUAGUCGAGAUGAUAUCAUGAAGGGUGAGCAGGUCUUUGAUGGGCUCACUAAGCUGCUAACUGCACCGAACACAACAAUCAGAGAAAUUGCGGCAGAAAUCUUGCAGCAUGUGUACUUUCAUGAUUAUACGCAUAGACUGAGUCUCACGGAAAAGUUAGUCGCCGAACUAUUCCGUACCAAUAGUCAAAUGGGAACACAAGCUCAGAGUGGUGCACUUGCAAUCACAGUGGAAGCAGAACACGAUGGAGUGAAACAAUUCCUAGGUGAUAAUGCCCAAACUAGCAGCCUGAACAGACUGGAGCAUGAGGAGCAAUCAAACUACACAGAACUGCAGACAACCUUACUACACGUCCUUGCGUCUACGACUGAACAUGGAACUGAUUGUUUGGCAAAUGUGAUUCAGAAAAUUGCACCUGGGGACGGUCUCAGCAGAUUUGUGGGGAUGCUCAAGUCGUUGGUUGAAAAGCACAGCAGAGUCGUUACUGAAGAUGGCCUGAUAAUCAUAAAGGCUACCGCCUGGCUGAUCAUGUGGAUGUUGAGGAGAAGUGAGUUCGUUCAGGAAAUCAGGCAACAGAAGAUCGUCGAGGCACUGCCUGAGGCUACAAAAAUUGUUUCCCGUACAUCUCUAACAAAGAAGAAACAACCCGCAUCUGAUCUCGACAUCUGGAAGCUCUUGGGUUACAAUAUAUAUUAUAAACGGUUCGCGAGUAAUAUCCGGCUUAGCAGUCGAUUGUCUAGUCUUGUGGAAGAUGCACAGGACGAACUUGUUCGUCAACAAGAAGUUACCGUACAAGUGGAGUGAUGGACAGGCGGCAUGCUUAUGGAUUACGCGUGCUAGCUGCUAGAUCGAUUCAUCUUCCGUUUGCCAAAUUAAUCAGCAUUGCCGUUGCAUUCGUGGCGAACGCACCAGCAAACCAACAACCUAGUAGUAUUGUUUUCUUUUGUAUAUGUUGAAUCAGAGCCAUGCCAUGGGCAGCCCUGUAGCCGUCCAAACAGCCCGAGCAAACAUAUUGUUAUUUUAGUCCCUAUUGGGAUUUGCUAUACAUCACCAGCGUGUUCUUUUCUGUAAGUCGGAUUGGGAUCAGGUGCAGUCACUAUAGUGACUUCAACUUUGGAUCCAACCAUCUAGCUGAUAACGAACGUGCAGGAUUCAGUUCUGUAUUCUUCUUUUCCCCUCAAAAAAAUUGUGUAUUCUUCUUUAGCUGUUUGAACAUGAAAUACUUGCAUGCUUAUUUUUCA